GGGGAGCCUCAUGAGCGUCAGCCUGAGAUCGUCAGACGACAUCAAAGUCUGUCAGAAGCAGUGGGGUUAGUACGAACAGCCGCAGCACUAGUGAAACAAGAAAGGUACAACUUAUUCGAUUGACAAUUGUCUCGAAUAUUUACCUUUACCUCAUCACUACUUGACAGACUCAUUAUGACUCGCACAGAGCGCGCUGUCUUUCCUCGUGCCUUACUACGGGAUCGCUCUAAUUCUAAGUCUGGUCUCGACAAGUCCGUUCGCAAGAACGGCAGUGGCCAACACAAUUGGGGCAGUAUCAAUGAUGAACGCUACCUUGAGGCUGCUGCACUCGCAGACAAGGAAGAGGAAGAGUUUGAGGAAGACACCACAGACCAGCAACGCAACAAUUCUGUUCACAAAAAGCCUGAACCCGAGAAGCGGGCCAACUCCUUCACAGAGGAAGAAAGGGAGAGUGCUAGGCAGAUCAGGAAGAACGCACUCAAGGCACCAGACAUCGAUUUGUCUAUGAUUGCGCGCACCUCUUCUGCUGCGUCUACAUCUCCGUCCACCAGGUCGCCUCCGGUCUCCAUUACUGGCAGUGCGGAGGUAUGUUGUUUCCUUGACGCGAGACAGAGGGCCUAACAUCUUUUUGCCAGACUGUCAGCAUAAGGUCAGCA